AGCGGUUCGUCGAGCGUUAUCGGGAAUCCUCGCCAGUCGCCACACUGCCACAGUGAUACUAUAAUAGUACCUUUAUGUAUAUAUAUAUAUUUUUUUUAUUGUAAUAUCAUAUUAUCAUUAUUCUUGACGUAAAACCGUGUAGGCGUGUGUCGUGUGUGUGUGUAUGUAGAUAAUACCUGUAACAAUACAUUACUAAUUGAUACGUCAAUUGUUUGUCACCUAACCAUCACAGGACCUGUAGGAUUUUGAUUUUCUACAUUAUUGUUUACCUUCUUCUCCGCCGCGUUCGGUUUCCAUCGCAAAUAUUGUGGUUUUCGUCCUACACCGCGAUUUGAAUAAUUUAAGAUGGCUGAUCCAGGAUUUCCAAGUCAACAUACUACAACUACUACUGUCACUAAUACUGAAAUUAUCUCAAACCUUAGAUAUGAUAACGCAUACUUAUACACAUUAGAAGGAAAAUUGAAAAUUGCCCAAAUUGUGUUUGUUUUAUUGAGUCUUAUAGCAGUUUCAUUCUCUACAUACAGUAUGUGGUAUCAAAAUAGUGCUGUUACCUCAAUAUCUAUGUUUGGAUUUUGGUUUUCUUUAUUUAUGUUGGUGUUCUAUAUAUUUCACGUGGUCGAAUGUUUUUAUAAAAUACCAUGGCUUAAAAUAGAGAUGAUUUUUGAUGUUUGUUGGCCAAUACUUUACCUUUUAUCAGCAUCCUCUGCAGCAGCUUAUACUGGAUUACAUUUUAGCUACAUGAUAAGUUUGUUAUUUGGAUUUGCUGCAAUGUUUGCAUAUGGAUAUGAUGCUUUAUUGAAAUAUCAAGCAGUACAACGUGGAGAAAUUGCACAAGGAAAUAUAGUAGUUCAUAAACAAACAACCACAUCAACAGCAGCAUACUGAUUUAAUUUAAUAGUUUUAUUUUUACUAAUAUUUACAGUUCAUCACUAUUUACCAUAUUUUAUUACUAACAUUAAUAUAUAAUAAUACUUUUUAAUCAAACAUCACAAUCAUUUUUGUUUUAAAUUAAUUUAAUAUAUUUUAAUAUUUAUACUAAUAUUUAUAUAUUUUUUGAUGACAUUUUAUAGCUAUUUUUUUAUUAUUAUUCCUAUGGCACUGUAAAAUAUUAUAUAUAUUUUUUUUUUUUUAAAGAGUAAUAGAGCUGAUUAUUUGGUAUAUAGUAUCUUCAUUAUUGAUUUAUUAAAUAAUAUAAUCUAUUAUUAAAUUAACCAUAAAAGAUAUAUUACAAACAUUUCACUUUUGUUUGUUUUUUUUUUUUAUAUAAUAACUCAUAAAAAAUUAUCUUAUUGUGUAACCAUACAGUAAACAAGUACUACUUAAAUAAUUAUAAAUCUUUAAAUAAUGAAGAAUUACAUAAUAUCUUAUGUAAAUAUAACAGUCUUACUUAUUACAAAUACAUUUUAUAGUCAGUAUAGUAAAUACAUAUAAAAUCAUUAUGUUUUAUUUAAAUAUCUUAAUUUUGAUAAAAGAUUGGAUACAUUCUACAUAGUUUUGUUAAAAAAAUAAUCAAACUUUUUUUAUUAGAAUAAUAGAUUUUAGUCUGAAUAAUAAAUAUCCAAUAGCCAUAGAACCCAAUAUUAUACUUUUUUUUUUUUAUAUAAAAAGAAAAAUUAAAUUAAUAAUGUAUAAAAGUUAAGUAUAUAUUACCUUUAUAAAUUUGAUUAUUUUAUACCAAAUUAUCAGCUUAAUUGAUCAUUUGUUAAUUCUUAAAUUAAGACAUUUUAUUAUUAUUAUAUUUUGUUUAAAAUUGUUUGUUUGUUUUACUUUUUUUGUUAUUAAAUCUUAAUGUAUAAAUGAUUUAAACUAUUACCAUAAUAAAAAUUAUAUAAAAUCAUUGUUACUUAUUCAAAAAUUGAUAUUAAGUUUUACAAUAAAUAUUUUAUAAUAUAUUUUUUAUAUUUAAUAGUUAUGAAUUGUAAAUUAUUAUAUUAUUUUUAUGAAAACGUUCUUUUUUUAUGUUGGGCAAUUUUAUUUGUUUUUUUUUUUAAUACAAUUUCAUAUUUUUCUGUUAUCAA